AUGGCAUCACCUGCGACAUCGACCAGCUACUCCAUCGAGAAGCGUCCGGCAAGUUACGAGCCCUACGAGUUUACACUGCCCGAUCUGUAUCGUACCAUAGCUAAAGAGGAACUCCGGGAGGAUGAUGAAAUUCGAGAGCAAUCGUUGGCGCAGAUGCGGGACUGGAUUGCCAAACAUCCGUACAUUCGCAAGUGUCGUACGGAUGCAGCGUUCCUUUUGCGAUUCUUGCGCUUUCGGAAGUACUCGGUACCGAUGGCGUGUGAUGCUUUAGAGCGAUACCUUGCGAUGCGUGAAACAUUCCCCUCGUGGUUCAAGCAGCUGGAUUGCAACGAACCGAAGAUGCGUGAAAUACUCGAGGACGGUGUGUUUACGAAGCUUGGCCAAGAUGCGGACGGUCGGACGGUGAUAUUGUUUCGCGUGAAGCUGCUGAACGUGGACAAAUUUGGUCCGGUCGAGCAGGGCCGGAUGAUGGCACUGUUGGUCGAAUCGCUGCUCGAAUGGGAAGAGCUACAGAUCGGUGGUUUUCGGGUGAUGCUCGACUUUACCGAUACCGUCAUGAAGCACUACGGUCUGUGGGGUGUAACGGAUAUGAAGAUCUUUAUGGAUGCGAUCAACCGCUCGUAUCCGAUCCGGUUCCGGGAAAUUAAUGGUGCAAAGUUUCCAAAGUUUGCCGUUUCGAUCCUGAACCUACUGCUUACGUUUGCGAGUUCCAAGCUGAAGGAGAGAAUCAUUUGUCAUAACACAGUGCUGGAGAUGAAGGGAAAGUUCGAAAAGACGCUUCUGCCCAAAGAGUACGGUGGAGAGCUAGAUACGGAUGAGCUGAGACGUAAGUUUAUCAAACAUCUCGAGGAUCGUCGUAGUGUGAUACUGGCGCUGGAUGAUAUGGACAUCGAUGUGGCACACUAUUCAUCGCUCUGGCAUCAGACUAACAUGGUGGAAAAUGAGGUUGAAGGUGGUGUGGCCGGCAGUUUUCGUAAGCUUAAUGUUGAUUGAUUACAUUAAAG